AAAUAUUCAAAACUUCACCUUGAAAUUACUUAAAUUAAGGAAUUUCUUAAUCGAACGCGUCAUAAUUCGAUUUCGUGCUACCGAUAGGACUAGAAUUUUUCGAUUAUUUCAUACCAAACGUAUUAUUAAUUUCCUAAAAAUUAUUAAUUUUCAAAUCACGACGUCUGAUUAAGACUUAUGAGUAACUUCAACAGUUCUUUUCCACACGCAAAUUCCUAAAUCGCGACUAAUUCGCCAAAAACGGGUAUAAAAAGGGCCCCGUUUGCCGUACAAAAUCAGUUCAAGUCGUUCUCUGACUAGAACAACUAGCAAGUUACCAAGCAAAUCAUCUUAAAAUCAUCAAAACAACUUCAAAAUGAAAACCAUCGUGGUUAUCAUCGUCGCUUCGUUAUUCAUCAACAUGACCAUGAGUGAUGCACCAUCAAACAUCACUACCAAUGGAACUGCACCAGCAACCCCAUCCUCAAUUAAUCAAACUGUAACCAAUCAACCGGCUGCAAAUGUAUCUGUCCCAUCUGGUAGUCCAGUGCAAGAAACUCGUAAAAGAUUAGUUCGUCAAGUUGCUGAUAUUCCACCUACCAACAUUACGGCUACCGCAGUACCUGCAGCUGCUUCUAUUUCAAAUUCAGCUUCAAUUCGUGCCGAAGAUCCUGCUGCAAAUAAAACUGUCGGAGUCGAACAUAAAGUAUUCCGUCGUAAUGUUGCUCCUCAAGUUCCAAUUUCACCGGUUGUUGCUGGUAAUGUUUCGCAACCGAUUGGGAUUAAUGCUACUAGAGUUAAUCAAGCUGGAGCGGCUAUUUAAAUGUAAUUGAGAAAAUGUUUGGAUUAUGGAUUAUGCUUUUAUAUUUCCUUAUAAUUU